AUGCCUGUCAACAGCUCGCGUGAGGGGUCAAUGAGAGCUAGACUGAGUAGUGGGAGGAACUCAUAUGAAGAUAGGAAAUUCGUGUUCCGCGUCGCAGAUCGUACCAUACCGUUACAAGAUAUAGAAGAUGGUACUCGUACCGGUUUCUCGACUAUGCGUCAAAUAAAAACGAACUCCAUUCGCUGGCGAAUGCUUUUCCGUAUCGGUUAUUGA